AGACCAACGAUCUAAUUUUCUUCCCGGUACAUGAUUUUUGGCAGAAACACACAAAUGUUGGCAUGAGGGAUGUCGGGACGGCUGUAGUCCAGCAGCCCAUCCGCAGCAGGUUUAUCACCAUCAGCGGCCCAGCCGAGCUCAGCCCAGGCAAGACUCGGAAACCUCCGCGGUCGGAGCUCCCACAUCCCGCCCACACACCCGCUGCCGGCUGCACGACCCGGCGGCUCGAAGGGCAGCCUGCCCCUCCCGCAGCCCGCGGCCAGCCCGGCCCUCUCCCGGCCGAGGCGGUGAGCCGCGCCGCCAUGGCGGGCUGCAGCACGGCGGGGCUGCUGUGGAGGCUCUGCAACUUGCUGAUGGCCGCCUUCUUCGGGCUGGCGGCCGCCGUGCAGGUGAACGACCCCGACGCCGGGCUGUGGGUGGUUGUCUACUUGGUUCCAGCUGCCCUUACACUGCUUGUUGUCCUUAACCCUUUGGUAACAGAAAACUUUUUUUGGAGGAGGCUCUGUGACCUUCAUUCUGCUGGCUGUACUAUCGGGACCAUUUCCUUGGCUUACUCUUUGUUUGCAUAUACUCAAGGAAACAUUUUGCACGAAGAGGAGGGCAGAGAGUUGUUUGGUCUGGUGAUUAUUACAGUAUGGAUGAGUCUUUGUCGCAGUUCAGCAAAGAAUCCGCUGGGUGGAAUUCAUUUAACUACUGCAAUCUUGGUCGCCCUCUUCCCCUUUGUUUUGUGGCUGUACAUUUAUAUGAACAAAGAGAUGCGAGAAUCUUGGCCAGAACACUGCAAAACUGUGAUUUGACCUGGUGGAGAUGGCACAUAAAGAAGUAUUAUGACCUCAUUUUACACUGCUUUUUUUUUUUUUUUUUUUUCUUAAUGAAAGGUUAGUAUCGGUUUGAUAGGACAGGAAUGUCUGGCUGCUUCCCACAGUGUAGCUUGAGGUUUCCAGAAAAAAACUGAAGAGCGUUGUCAAAUCCCAGGGGAGAAUUUUUCUAUGGACACUGUUCAUCCUGCUGCUUUGGAUGUUUUCAAAGCACUGUUGACCUUCAGUGUGUUCUUAGAUUGAUUAUUCAAAAUAUCUGGGCAUCCCCAGUUCAGUCUCUCCUUCCACCUUGUAUCUGGGAAAGCUACUGUGCUGGAACAUUAAGGGAAAAGGAGAUCAAACAUUUUGUUUCAAUAAAUGACUCAUUAUGGAUAUAAAACUUGAAAGAUGUCUGCCAAGAUAAUCCAUUGAGAUUUGCUGAAAGAUUAACCACUCAGUGUUUCUGUUCCUAUGCUAAAAUCAUAAGUGGAAUAUAUUUAAUUUUUUGCUAUUAUCUUUAAUUGACAGUUACAGUUUUGAGUAGUAAAUACAAUUUUUCUAAAGAAAA